GUGAACAGCAUAGGUCUAACGUUAGCACGGCUAGUCAUUAGGACAGGGAGACAUUGAACUGUGAAGACGUUUUGCGGUGAACAUUUCUGAAAGCAAAUGUUAACUUUCGGAUAGUACAGUUUGCUAGACUGUCUAGCGUUUCGGGGGCUAGCUUUCAGUUUACUUACUGUUGCUUUGCGGUGGAAAUAGCAAAAAUGUCGUCUCCAAGUCCGGGUAAAAGGCGAAUGGAUACCGAUGUGGUGAAACUCAUUGAGAGUAAGCAUGAAGUCACCAUCCUCAGUGGACUCAAUGAAUUUGUAGUGAAGUUUUUCGGACCACAAGGAACACCGUAUGAGGGAGGCGUGUGGAAGGUGCGAGUAGAUCUUCCUGACAAAUACCCUUUCAAAUCACCGUCAAUAGGAUUCAUGAACAAGAUUUUUCAUCCCAACAUUGACGAAGCGUCAGGGACAGUGUGCUUAGAUGUCAUCAACCAGACAUGGACAGCCCUUUAUGAUCUGACCAACAUCUUUGAGUCGUUCCUGCCCCAGCUGCUGGCUUACCCAAACCCCAUCGACCCCCUGAAUGGAGAUGCAGCUGCCAUGUACCUUCACCGGCCAGAGGAGUACAAGCAGAAAAUCAAAGAGUACAUCCAGAAAUAUGCAACAGAGGAGGCUCUGAAGGAGCAGGAAGAGGGGGCAGGCGACUCUUCGUCUGAAAGCUCCAUGUCUGAUUUCUCAGAAGACGAGGCCCAGGACAUGGAGUUGUAGUGAUAGGAGGGCUCCCCCAUCCCGCCCCCACCUUUAACCCCCACAGAGACUAUAUUUGAUUUCCUAACCAUGAGAAAGCAGACUUAUAAUAUUCAUAUUUAAACAAGUUGAUUUUUUUAUUAUUAUUAUUACUACUAAACAAGGAUUUUUAUGGAUAUCUAGCCUUUGGUGUGUUUGACACCCCUCCCGUUCUGUAGCUGUUUCUCCCUACACAGAUGUCGCGAUUGCUUUCACGUUCUCUCCCUGCCAUCACCGCAUUUUGAAGGUGUGUCAUGUAGUCGUAGGCAGGAAAUGUCCCCGUGAACAUCUCAUUUCUUUACUCAAAUUUCACUUUUUAAAAUAUAUACUAUAAUAUAUGCUUUCUAGUUUGACCUGAAUCCUAAGUUCCUUUCUUUUUCCACAAUGCUAAUUGAUUCUGACCAACAUUUAGUUUAGUCGCUCCACUACAGAGCUGAUUAGGUCUUAUCUUUCCUGGUUGCACAGCUCUAUAAUAUUAUCCUGUAGUCAAGACAGUAUUUUUAAGGCGCACAAUCACACAUGAGCACACUUAAAGAAUAAUAUAAGAAAAGUGCAGUGCCAAUCGACACUCAUAAAUCAACCCUGAAUGCUUCCUCAGCAUGUCUUUUUCAACAUAUUGAUUGAGACAUGUCAGUAAAAAAAAAAUGCCUUUCUUUAUCGUUCAGUUUGGAUGCUAUGUUGACAUGUUACUUAACUUUUUGUUACUUUUUGUUGACCUGCUGCAGCUGCCUACACGAGCCGCUGUGCAGUGCAAAAUAAAUGCUUAAUGAGGUCAAGUCUCAGAAAACAAAUUAAUUAAACACGUCUCAGCACAGGGUCAGUGGCAAUGUGGUGAAAAAGACUCGCUGGGCGCUUUUGGUGUUGAUUUGUUGAAUGUACACAAGCUGCAUAAUCUGCACAGCGAAGGCGGUGACGCCGAAAGCGGCUUUGCUCUGAUGCAGUGGUGGAGAUUCUGGUCAGACUCACUUGGUAUGAUGGGAACUGAAAUUAAACCAGAGCUACCCUUUAACCAUCUGACCAUACAUGAAUUUCACGUUUCAUGCAGCUUGCACAAGUUUUGCUCUCAGGAGGCUCUUCAAUCACAUGAGCGCCAAACAUUCUCACUGUGCAGGAUGCCAGUGUACUUCUGCAAAUUUAUAUUGGUAUUAAUGGUCAAAGAGCAACCUUCCAGGUAAAGAAAGAAUGUAGUAAUCACCUAUUCUGGUGAAUUUAGAAAAACAGCACCAAAGUGUGUUUUGAUUUUAGUGAAAAGCAACAAAAAUGGUCAAAUGGUUAUGGAGUGGAUCUGAGGGGAAAAAAAAGUGUGAUUUAUUGAAGAUUCAGGCUUGUGUAGUAUCGGUCCUCCUCACAUUCCACUGUUACCUGGCGUUUGCUCCAGUGCAUGCCCUUCAUAUUGGUCUGACCUGUGGUAUGUAACCCGACUGCAUCAACUGGACUCCCACACUUUUUGUCUGUCCACCAGGAUCUCUAUUUGGAUCACUAGUUCGAAGCAGAUUACAAAAUAAGAGCUGAAAGUAAGAGUUCGUUGAGGGGAUUUAAUUAAACGUGUACAGAUUUGGCUUCUUAUCGAAAGGAAAAAAGAAAACUAUUCAUUGUUGAUUCAAUGUGGCGAGUUGAGAUGUAAAUCCAUUAUGUGUGGAGAGAGAUUGCAACUGCAGCUUUGAUUUUUGGCUGUUUUUUUUCUUCUUUUAUUUCUUGUACAUUUUUUUGCCCGAUGGGGGGGUCAAGACGUUGGAUUUUUUUUUUUUUUUUUUAAUGUACAGCAUCUACCUUGUACAGUGGUAAGGCACCUCUCUGUAGCCUCCUGAAAACCCAGUGUUGAACCCAAAAACACUGGCCGAGUGUCGCUUGUCGAGGCUAGCGUGGCAGUCAAACUACCUAGAUGACCCUGCAGUAAGAAUCACUGGUUGCUUUGUGGCAGAUUGUGGAUCCUGAGCGGGAGAUUCGAGGCUGAAUCCUACUCAGGAGAUCACCUUGUCACCUCCGAUCUCGACUUCUGUGCCUCAUCACAAAAGGAAAGGUGAUCAUCGAAGAAACCCCAAAAAAACACGUUUCCAAAAAGCCGUGGAGGUCAAAAGUAACUUGAGAAGCACUAUUUUUUUUUUUUUACUCAUCCUAUUUAUAUUCUCCUCCUGCAAUUUGAACCUGUGCAGUUUGCGAUUUGACAUCCACAUUUUCACCCUGUGUUGCAGUUGAGGGGAAUGAGCCAGGGCUGUGCGGCGGCGGCGGCGAUGGGUUUAUUUGAGCUAACGUGGGAUUGUUAGACUUUUACGGCUCAGGUUUGAAAUAUAGUUUGGGCGUAUCUUACAUUGUGAUUCACAUUUUCACCCAGGACGCACUGAAAGGAUGGAAAUCAUGCAAAUAUAUGUUAAACUGUAUUUUAGACAUGUCAGGAUAGUUAGCUUUGCUGGGUGUUGACUUCAACUAAACAACAUAUGCUAUAUGGCUGUAUUACAGAUAGACUUAGCUAGUUUGGUAUACUUACCUGAUGAAGCAUUCAAUGCUCACCUGAUUUUUAGUUAGUGUCUGUUGUGUGGUUAUAUGUAAGAUACUCCAUAGACAUGCCUGCUUGUCCUCUUCUUGCAGAUGCAGAGUUGUACAGAUGAGUGUGAGUGAUUUCAAACUAGGGUGACAUUUGACCUGUAGCGAGCCUGAUAGAUCCAACUGUACAGAAGUGAAAAGUGUGGUUCAGCCCCGUUCAGGAGAUCGGAUUCUCUCCAAAACGCGAUUUAAAACACAAUUGUACGCUCAUAAUUAUCACAGCAUUUGAACGCUGAUACACAACAGAGACAUUUGUUUUUAAUUUCCAAUAUUCAUCCGAAGAGUUUAAAGCUGUGGGAUAAUCGUUUCUCUCAUCCAGCCCCUGGGGAAGUUUUGAAUGUUAGCUCGGGGUUAGCUUCCCGCAGGAUGCAGCCGUUUUAACUGUCGAAGAGCCAACCUUUUGGGAUAUUCAACAUGUUGAAGGCAGUAUGAAGCUAUGUGAAUGUUUUACAUGUGUUGAGAGUGUUUGUGGUGAAGUCUGUGAUCCACAUCCACUCAAACUGAACAAACCUGCAAAUUGUAUCCCCACUCUCACAGUCGGCUUGUGUUUCCUCCCUAAGCUACCCAUUAAUGUGUAUUUAUUCAUUAAAGAGACCUCCUUUUUUUUGUUGUUGUUGUUGUUUUUAAUCUUGGUCAUCAGACGCCACUGUUGUAAGUUCUAAGUAACUAAAUGAUCACACUGAUGACAGCUUGACCUUCAGUUUUGUUUUUUUUUGUUUUAAGUCAUCCAGAUAGGAAUUCUUGUUUUACUUUACAUUUGUGCAGUAUUGUACUUGAGUGCUGAAAAUACAGUAUAUCCGAGUUGAGAAUUGUAAUAAAAUAGCACAUUAUGGUGCAGUGGUGCAACAGGGAACUAUUGAUAUUUUUGUCUUUUUCGAGAAACAAGACUUGUAAAAAUCAUAGGUUUGGUUUUCAGCAUUAUUUGCAUCUGCUGGGCAAUAAAUUGAUGAUACACUCA